UACUUUACAUCUCUUUAAAGCUAUAGGAAGAUUUACGUUAAUCGAAAUAUUCCACUGUAAUGGCCGUGCCGAUGGUUUUGCGGCAGAUAUGGGCAUUUCGGAACACCCUCUAUAUUAUUAUACCACCAAUAUUGUUGUUGCCAAUCCCUAUCAUCAUCAACAGCACCGAAGCGUCAUGUGGAUAUGCAAUUCUAUUAAUGGCAAUUUAUUGGAUCACUGAAGCUAUACCGUUGGCUGCGACGGCUUUCUUGCCGUUAAUUAUUUUCCCAUUGAGUGGGGUAAUGACAGCAUCUGCAGUAAGCGCUGCAUAUUUCACUGAUACAGCUUGGUUGUUCGUGGGUGGGCUUAUUAUUGCUGUGUCUGUGGAAGUCACUGGCUUGCAUAAACGAAUUGCUCUCAGGGUUCUGCUGUUUGUGGGAGCAAAACCAAGAUGUUUAAUGUUCGGGUUUAUGAUGACGACAUACUUCUUGUCGAUGUGGAUAAGCAACACAGCCACAACAGCUAUGAUGCUUCCCAUUGUUGAAGCUGUGUUCCGUGAACUGAAGGCGGGUGAGGAAAAGAGAGCAAAUGAGAUCUUGGAUAAGUUGAAAACACAAAGGAGUCACGACACCAACGCUGAGGUUGAUAGUGGCAAAGCAUCGACGUCAUUUUGUAACAGAAGUUUCGAAGACAACGAUCAGAAUGAGAAUAAAAAUGAAAAAGAAAGUCAAAUCGCCGACUUUAAUGACGUAAUAUUUAUACCGGAUGAUAUUGAGACGGAAGAACAAAGAAACAAACGAAUGGACAAUCUUAUAAAGGGGAUCACACUUUGCGUGCCAUAUGCUGCUAGCAUUGGUGGAACAGCUACUGUAACAGGGACAGGCCCAAACCUUGUAUUGUCCGGACAGUUUGCCACGUUGUUUCCUGACGCAACGAUGAAGUUGUCGUUUGGAAGUUGGAUCGCAUACGCACUGCCAGGCUCUGUAUGUAUGUUGAUACUUGCGUACAUUUGGCUCAGUCUGUAUUUUCUCGGAUUCAACCUUCGCGAAAUUGUCGGUUGUUUUCGAGGUUCUGACGUCACAGAGGGCGAACGAAACGCAAGAAACGUGAUUGUUACGGAAUACAAGAAACUUGGAGAUAUAACGUGGAAAGAAGUGACUGUAUUAUCUCUCUUCACCACUACCGCCCUCUUAUGGUUCUUCCGUGAUCCUGGUUUCAUGCCAGGUUGGUCAAUUCUGUUUGAGGAGGAUUAUGUUGAUGACGGCACUGUUGCCAUGACGAUGGCCUUUCUUUUGUUUGUUCUUCCCUCCGAGAGACCUUCGUUUUUACGUAAAUCGAGCGGUUUAGACGAAGACGACAAGUCAGAGGGUAAGACGGUGGAAGACAUAGACUCAGUAUCCACGAUGGAAUCAGACGAACUCCUUCGACCAGUUGCCCCAAUACUGGAUUGGAAGACAGUUCACCACAAGUUUCCAUGGGCAGUAAUGCUUCUUAUAACUGGAGGCUUUGCUAUGGCGAAAGGGGCAACGGAAUCUGGUUUCUCCGAAUGGCUGGGAGAUCAACUGAUAUUUCUUGGUGGAAUCGAAACUUGGGCGAUCUGUCUCAUUGUUACAAUUGUCGUAUGCUUGUUCACCGAAUGCUCAAGCAAUGUGGCGACCGCUUCAAUAUUCGUACCAAUACUGGCACAAUUGGCUCAAUCACUUGAAGUUCAUCCCUUGUAUCUCAUGUUGCCUCCAGUAUUGGCCGCCUCCCUAGCUUUCAUGCUACCAGUUGCAACUCCACCAAACGCACUGGCGUUUUCAUAUGGUCACCUUAAAGUCAUGGACUUGAUUAAAGCUGGUUGGAUGCUGAACGUUCUUGGAGUUUUAGUGAUCUCAGUGUUUAUCAACACAUACGGUGUCUCAUACUUCGGAUUAAAUGAGUUCCCAGCAUGGGCAGCACUGCCUAAAACAUCAGGAACAACUGCAGCUCCAACUUUCAAUAUGACAAGCACCGUCUAACACUGUUAAACUUUAACGUAAUUACUUUGCAUUUCAUAUCUUCUCCUGUUUAGCUGUUUUAGAAGGAUGGAACAUCUUUAGCACAUAAUGUCCAAAUAUCCUGAUUAUGUUUUAAACAAUUAACAACCGUCUAUGGGGGUCGUAAUGAUGUGGUUUUAUAGUUUUUUCAAUGUUCUUUGUUUACUACCAAAUGGAACGAGAAAAUAGAAAGAUGUCUAAUCUUCCGCUACCCUACAAUAUAUUCUCUUCAACCAAAUAUGCCUACAUUCUAUUAAAUAUAGGUCAUUC